UGUUAUCGCGCAAUGUAAACAGGAAGUUGUUCUCAGAAGCAUGUUCUGCAUCAGCUGUGAGAAUGAGGCAAACAGGAAGUGGACUCCUUUGGUUCCUGUUUGUGUUUACAGUUGCAUGCUGGGAAGACUACAACUUGCCAAGAAGCCACUUGUCUUUCUUUUUGCAUAACAAUCCAGAAAUAAAACAAAGAUGUCAGGAGGAUGAAGCUUGUCCAUAUAAGGAAUAUUUAGAUGAGACCAGAUGUUGGGGCUAUGAGGACUACUGUGAUACAACAAGUCGACUGAAUUCCACGUCUUGUCCAUGGGGAAGCAGAGGAUGGACAAAAGAUAAGGCUGAACAGUUAGACUUGUUUUGGAAAUCUGUGGACUUUGGUUAUAUUCUGGAAAGGAAAAAAGAACUCCGAACCUUCUGUGUACCCAAGACUCAGGAGGAUUCAUCUUUGGAGUGUGUUCGUUAUGCCCGGUUUUGUCGGGGGAGGAACCUCUUCUUUGAUUUUACCAAACCUGAUAUGUUUUCAGGUCAUGAGAGAUUCAAAGAAAACUUAUUCGAUGCAAAGUUACGGUUUGCACAGGACAAUUUUAAUACCGGAGUGAUAGGGGGCCACUGUGACCUAAAUAAAGAGGCUCUCAAAGCAGAGGGGGAACAUAAGAGUGCUUUACAAUCCUGGUUUGCUGAAGUGGAACAUUUUUCAUCGCUGCCUUUCCGUCCAAUACAAGAUGGCCGUUGUGAUAUCAUUUUAGACAAGCCAACUUACUUUAUGAAGUUAGAUGCAGGGGUAAACAUGUACCACCAUUUUUGUGACUUUAUCAACUUAUACGCUUCCAAUCACCUGAACAACUCCUUUUCCACAGAUGUAUACAUUGUUAUGUGGGACACGAGUACAAUGGGAUACACAGAUUUGUUCCUGGAGACUUGGAAAGCCUUCACAGACUAUCCUAUUAUUAGAUUACACAAGUACGCAAAGAAAACUUUGUGUGUACGAGAUGCUGUCUUUUCUCUUCUGCCUAGAAUGAGAUAUGGCAUGUAUUAUAAUCAGCCUUUGGUUCCAGGUUGCAGUGGGAGCAGUUUCUUUGAAGCCUUUAAUAAACAUUUGGCUCACAGACUUAAACUCAUUCAAUAUGGGCCACUGGAGUCCAGAAUUAGAAUCACUCUUCUGUCCAGAAAAACCAAGUACAGGAACAUUCUGAAUGAGAGAGAGCUGAAGAGAGCAAUGAGCACAGUUGGAGAAUUUGAUGUCAAAGUAGUCACAUACAAUAGGGACAUGCCAUUUAUAGAGCAAAUAGAGACCUCCUACAACAGUGAUAUAUUGAUCGGCAUGCAUGGAGCCGGCCUCACUCAUCUUCUCUUUCAACCAGACUGGGCUGUAGUUAUUGAGUUGUAUAACUGUGAGGAUGAUGCCUGCUAUCAUGACUUGGCCAGGUCCAGAGGUAUUCACUAUAUGACCUGGGAAAAACCAUCCAAAGUGUACCAAGAAGAUGAGGGUCAUCACCCAACACUUGGGGCCCACGCCAAGUUUACAAAUUAUGAGUUUGAUGUGAGUGAGUUCAUGAGAUUGAUCCUUAAUGCUGCUGAUCUCAUACGAUCUCAUCCUAAAUUUAUCCAGGAAAGACAAUCCAAGUAUUCUGAGGAAAAAGGGCAGCAAUCCGAAGUUUCCCAAGGGAGAGAAUUCAAAGAAGAAUUAUGAUGUUCAUGUAAUAAGUAGGUCUCAAGGAGAAAUAGCAAAUAACAAACUUGAAAAACAUAGGAAAGUAUGUGAUGAACAAAACUGAAAUUUUCUUUAUUACUUUAAAAAAGAAGCCAUGGGCUGGACUCCUGAUUCACAUGCAAAAACAUGAAAUAACAAACUUGCAAUAAUGUUUGAAAAAUAAACUCAUGAUCCACAGAAUAAUUAAUGCUUCAAACUAUGCAACAGAACCACAAAAGGUUGCAUAAUUUAAAAGUAAUAAUAAAGUUAUGUAAAGGAAAUUCAUGACACAAAACACAAAGAAAAUGCAGGAAUCACAGAUUGAAAUCAAAAUUGUAUGUUUAAGCAUUCUACAAAUAGUUUACUAUAAUGAUGAAAAUUAUUAAAUGUUUUGCUAUCAAAAUUGUUAUCUUAAUCCAACCCAGCCCAAAAAUAAAAAAAAAAAAGGAUUGAUGGAUUUUAUUUUUUAUUUAGAUUCGAUAUUCUAAAUGAUACUGAAAAACGCAAUUCCUUAGAGGAUAUAGAAAUUAAUAUUUAAUUACCAGGUAAGAAAAUUGAAUUCUUUCCAGAAAUUGAUUUUAAUCUUAAAAUUAUUGCUGUUAACAUAAUGUCACAUACUUGAUUGAACACAGUGUUUGAAACUUCCUGUAGAAUUAACUCAGGGCUGUCAAAUAGUAAAAAAAGAUUG